AAAAAAAAAAGUGUUAGCGUGAGGUCUCCAUCCUUUGAAUAACUCAGGAACUCCCAACUCUCCCUCCGUCACUCGCUCACCUCAAACCCCCAAACCUUCAUCCGUCGAUGCCCACUGGAUGGCUCUGCCAUCCGAGCCUCACCGUCGUCGCCGCCACAACCACAUCUCCACCUUCCUCCAAUCCACCGCCUCCAACUUCGCCUCUCUCUUCAACCCCCCAAACCCUCCCUCUCUAGCACUCCCUCACCCGCCCUCCUCCUUCUCCCUCCCUCUCUUCUUCGCGCCGCCGCUCUCCUCCUCCACUGCCGUUGACUCUGCCACUGCCGAGCCCGCUCGCCCUGCCGCGAAAUCGGUCCGCAUAGCGCGGCUCGGCGCCAAUGGGAAGGGCGGCGGCGGGCCUGCGUUCGUGGGGCAGGUGUUCAGCAUGUGCGACCUCUCCGGUACGGGCCUCAUGGCCGUUUCGACGCACUUCGACAUUCCCUUCAUUUCGAAAAGAACCCCUGAGUGGUUGAAAAAAGUAUUUGCAGCAAUCACCAAGAGUGAGAGGAAUGGCCCUGUAUUUCGCUUUUUUAUUGAUCUAGGAGAUGCAGUUUCAUAUGUCAAGAAGCUGAAUAUUCCAAGUGGUGUGGUGGGUGCCUGUCGUCUUGACCUAGCAUAUGAACAUUUCAAGGAAAAACCUCACUUGUUCCAGUUUGUUCCAAAUGAGAAGCAGGUCAAGGCAGCGAAUAAACUGCUGAAGACAAUAUCAGAGCACGGUGAGAAGAAAAAGGUUGAUGGGGUGCCUGUGUUUAGUGCCCAGAACUUAGAUAUAGCUAUAGCAACUACAGAUGGUAUUAAAUGGUAUACUCCCUACUUUUUUGAUAAAAACAUGCUUGAUAAUAUUCUUGAAGAAGCUGUUGAUCAGCAUUUCCAUACCUUAAUCCAAACUCGGCACAUGCACCGGCGGCGGGAUGUGGUUGAUGACAACUUGGCUGCAGAAGUGAUUGAGGAAAUGGGUGAUAGUUUAGGGGAGCCUCCUGAGGUUCAGGAAUUGCUAGAUGAAAUGGGCCAUCCUAGUAUACCACUAAGUGUUAUAUCAAAAGCUGCAGAGCUCCAGUUUCAGUAUACUGUUGAUAAAGUAUUUCUGGGUAAUAGGUGGUUGCGGAAAGCAACAGGCAUACAACCAAUAUUUCCAUAUAUGGUUGACUCAUUUGAGAGAAGAAGUGAAGCUUCUCUACUGAGAGCUACAGAGUCAAGCAGCUCCCUUGAGAACUCUAAAGUGGAAGAUGAUAGGAAAAAUGCUGAAUGCAUAGACUCUUCUAAGUGCAGUUUGGAUGGUAAUACUGAAGCUAUCAAACAAUCUAGUCCAAGACUAAGUCUACCAUUUGGUAAUUGGUUUCAUCACCUAUGGCCGAAACAGUGUCGCAAAAAAGUAGGCUCAUCUAGAAAAGGUGUAAAUAAGGAAGAAAUGAAACCAGCACCCUUUCUUCCGAAAAUUACAAUGGUUGGUCUCUCUACUGAGGAAGCAGGCCAAAUGAGCAAAGCUAAUUUGAAGAAGACAAUGGACGAUUUGACAAGAGAGUUGGAGAAGACAGAGCUAGAUAUUAUGACAGAUGGUGGCAGUAAAGAGUGCAAAGUAGAAGAUAGAGAUCCACUAUUUGUGGCAAAUGUGGGUGAUUACUAUUCUAGUUUGGGAAAACCAGGAUCUGGUCGCUGGAUAAGAGGAGGAUCCAACUAAAACCUUUUUGUCACAAGGAAUUUUUCAUUUGCAGGUUGUGGCGGAUAUUUAUUGGUCUCCAAAUAGUUAGUGUUGGAGCUGGAAAUAACCUCAUUUGCGGUGUAUACUGAAAGUGGAUGGAUCAAGCUUUAGAUUUUGUCUGAUCAAUGUUGUAAAUGAUUAUAUAUGUAAUUCAUCACUGGUGCCCAUUUUGAUUUUACUUUGGGAAGUUUAAUAAAACUGUGGUACAGAAUGAUUAGUAACUAUGUAUAAACCUGAUUAUGGGGAAAGAAAUUGUCAUCACUCUUAUCUGAAGUUAGGGACUA